GUCAGUUGGGAUUAAAAUUCUGAAGAAACAUUGUCGAUAAGAGAAUAACUUCAAUAUGAGAAUCAAAUUCUCUUUCAAAAAGAUUUUGUUCAUUCUUAUUCCAAUUAUACUCCUAUUAUUGAACAUUUACCAUGGAUAUCAAUCUAAUGUCAACAUAGUCGAAAUGUCACUGAAAGAAUGUCAAAAGUCAUUUAAAAUUGAAAACAAUUUAACUGUCUGCUUAGAUUACGUCUAUAACGAGAAGAGACAAAUAUAUGUCGUAUCUUCAAGUAAACACCUUAGUCCAGAAUGGGAUGAAAGAUUAAUCAAAGCAAAAAGAGUUCGAGCCAUAAUUUUUGAUAAAAAGAAAUCAGACAGUAAUAAAGAUAUCAUAAUGACCGAUGUUCCUUUAACGGGAACCGAAGGAAAACGACCGAUUUUACAUAAACCUUAUAUUGCCAAUAUCAACUCGUAUUCGUUAGCCACAGCAUUUCAACAACUCGAAACUGACAUCCUCGAUAUAGUCUAUUUAUCGGAAUCAAAGUAUCUAGAGAAUAUAAUAAAAACCGCCAUUGCAACUGAUGCCAUUCGACAUAUAAAAUAUCUUAUUCUAAAGAUACCAAAAUUAAAACUCUCCUUUUAUGGUAAAUUUCUUGUUGAUCAUGAAAUGAUGACAAUUGCUUCUAAAGCCUACAACAAAUCUUAUAAUAUCUAUAUAUUUGUUCAAAAGGAGUUACAUUUACAUAAGCCUGUGAUUCAAAUGGAUUAUGCCAGGAGAAUAAGACAUGACGAAAAUUCUCAAGUGGAAUUUUUCAAUUAUGAAGCGGAGCAGCUCAUGUAUGAAGUCUAUCUGCAUAAGUAUCUGGACAAUGAGUUAUUAAUGGAACGAUUUUACAAAUGGAUUCUGUCACCUACUAUUAAUUGUCCGGUCUUCAAAAGAUUUGGCAAACCAUAUGAUGGAGGUUGGGAUGUUUGUCUUCACUACAAUUUAAUUUCAGAAGAAAAUUGUAAAGUAUACUCUUUCGGUAUUAACAACGAUUUUUCAUUCGAUGAUGCCAUAUCAAAGGAGAAAGGAUGUAAAGUUAGAUCAUUUGAUCCAUCAAUGAGAAAUGUUAAAGAGAAAAGAAGCGAGUUGGUUUCGUUUUAUGAAAUUGGUUUAAGCGGUUCAGAUUUUGUGAAUGAACAGCAGUGGACUAUGCGCAGUUGGAGAUCAGUUUUGAGAACGUUUAACGAUGAAGAUAAUGUAAUAGAUUAUUUAAAAUUUGACGUUGAAGGUUCCGAAUGGAAUAUGUUAUCUACUGCACUAGCAGAUAGUUCUUUGAGAAAAGUUAAGCAAUUAUCACUAGAAGUUCACAGUAUUGGUUCACCAUAUGCUCCAAUUAUAAAGCAUUGGAGAUUACUAAAGAGAUUAGAAUCUGAAGGUUUCCUUCGAUGGAAAACUCAUAUAAACUCCUGGACAAUGGAUGCUGUUGAGUACUCAACAUUGAGAGUACAUUGUUUAGAACUAUAUUAUAUCAACAUUAAUUAUAUUAAAUAAAGUUUAAUACCAUGGUUU